AUGGGUCGCUCGAGUUGGCGGUUGGUGGUCGCGGCCGGCGCGGGUGUCGCGCUGGCCCUAGAGGCGCUGCCGUGGCUGCUGCGUUGGCUGCUGGCCGGGCGGCGGCCACGGCGCGAGGUGCUCUUCUUCCCGUCGCAGGUGACUUGCACCGAGGCCCUCCUGCAGAGCCCAGGCUUGCCCCCCGGGCCCUCCUCGGGCUGCCCGUGCAGCCUCCCUCACAGCGAGAGCUCGCUGAGCCGCUUGCUGCGCGCGCUGCUGGCCGCCCGCUCCAGUCUGGAGCUCUGCCUCUUCGCCUUCUCCAGCCCGCAGCUGGGGCGCGCCGUGCAGCUGCUGCACCAGCGCGGGGUGCGCGUGCGGGUCAUCACCGACUGCGACUACAUGGCCCUCAACGGUUCGCAGAUCGGCCUGCUGCGCAAGGCAGGUAUACAGGUACGGCAUGACCAGGACCUUGGCUACAUGCACCAUAAGUUUGCCAUCGUUGACAAGAAGGUGCUCAUCACUGGCUCCCUCAAUUGGACCACACAGGCCAUCCAGAAUAACCGUGAGAAUGUUCUGAUUAUGGAGGACACAGAGUAUGUGCGGCUGUUCCUGGAGGAGUUUGAGCGCAUCUGGGAAGAAUUCGACCCCACCAAGUACAGCUUUUUCCCUCAAAAGCAGCGAGGGCAUUGACCCUGCUCUGUCUUUCUCGGUCUUCCAGCUUGUAGUCCUGGAUGCACUAGGCUGAUAAAGUCUUCCUGUCCUUGUAUUGCCAUCAGAAGUCAGGGAGGAGGCGACAGUGUGAGCUGUAGGCUGUCCAUAGCAGUAGUUGCCUAGAUAGACAGGCCAUCCUCUUUAAGUGGCUUCUGGGCAUCACUAGACAUGUCUGAUGGUAUUGACUCUCUGCAGCUGGCCUGCCUCCUUGCAGUUAGUCACAGGUGAGCACCACCAAUUGGCUAUGCCUGAAGUUGUUUCCAGGCUUUGCUUCUAAUUUUUCAUACCCCUUAACAUAAGAGCAAACUGUGGACUGAGAAGCGCCCUCGUCUCCAGCAUCUGUGGACUCAGGGCUAUUUGCUGUCAUGAUCAGGAGUUGACGACCAGGAGUACUGGAGGUAAUAAGAACUGCCCAGGCUGUGAUCUCAGCCCUCGGGUAGGCAUUCCCAGGGAGUCAGAGGAAUAAGUUUCUCAUAUGCAUUUGUGUCAUUUUCUACAUUUUCUAUAUGCAAAUAGCUCAAGUGACAUAAGAGCUAGUUUUGUCAUUGUUCAUGCUUGUGUGCAUGACAAGCUCCAUGUGGCCCCUUAAUGUCAGUCUGAGUGGAUCGUGUCCUUUAGCUCAUGGAACCAUUAGCAGCAGAUAUUGCUCAAUACAAGUGUUUCCUUGUUUUUUUGUGGGGAAAGAGGUGAGACGAUAAGGUCUCACCAUAGCCCUUACUGGUCUUCAACUCAGAGAAAUCUGCCUGAUUGGGCCUCAGGUACUGGGACUAUAGGCAUGUGCCACCAUUCCCAGCUUUUUUCACCCUUUUUAAUGUUACCUUUUACUUAGUGUUAGACAAGUACACUUGAUGUUGAUUUUCCACAAGAGUGAACAGAAACUGUAAAGUAUAAUACUCAGAAGUAGUUAUGUUGAAGAAGUUCCUUGCCUUCUGGAGCUUGUGAGUUCCUAAUUGUGUGCUCAGGUGGGGGGUGGGGGAAGAUAACAAAAUGUCCUUUGAGUGACAGUGCC